AUGCCUCACAAUGAGCGCGCCCACUCCUUCAAGCGCAUCGGUAUUGUUGGAGCCGGCAACAUGGGCUCCAUGAUGGGCUUCGCCUUCACCGAACUCGGCCUCGACGUGUCCGUCUGGGACGCCAAGCGCGAGAACGUCGACGGCAUCCGGAAAUGGGUCGACGAGGGCAAGUUCACCGGCAAGGGCAAGGUCGAGGUCUUCUACGAGAUCGAUAAAUUCACCAAGAGCCUCGAAGGCCAAGGCGAGCGGAAACUCUUCAUCUUCUCCAUCACCCACGGCGACCCCGCGGACUCGGUCCUGGACAUGAUCAAGGACGACCUGAAAGAAGGCGACAUCAUCCUCGACGGCGGGAACGAGAACUACCGGCGGACGGAGCAACGGCAGCAGCGCUGCAAGGCGCUCGGCGUCAGCUGGAUUGGCAUGGGGGUCUCCGGGGGCUACCAGUCGGCGCGCCGUGGCCCAAGUCUGUCGCCGGGCGGAGAUCGCCAGGCCGUGGAGCUCGUCCUACCCUUGCUGGAGCAGUAUGCCGCCAAAGACGAAAAGACCGGCCUCCCGUGUGUGACCAACGUCGGGCCCGCAGGUUCGGGCCAUUUCGUAAAGAUGGUCCACAACGGCAUCGAGGGGGGGAUGCUCUCGACCGUGGCCGAGGCCUGGGCGAUCCUGACUUACGGGCUGGGAUUGACGUACGAAGAGACCGCAGACAUCUUUGAGGAAUGGAACACCAAGGGCGAACUGCGGAAGAACUUUCUCCUCGACAUUGGUAUUCAGAUCCUGCGUACAAAGAAGACGCCGCAGGGCGACCAUCGGGGCGAAGGCGCGAGCCAACACGGCGGUUACGUGCUGGAUGAUGUGCUCGACAAGGUCGUACAGGACGACGAUAACACCGAAGGCACGCCGUAUUGGUCUGUUAUGGAGAGUGCGAACUGGCACGUCGCCGGGCCGACGCUUGCAACCGCUCACUACAUGCGCAUUGCCAGCGGCAACCGCGCAGAGAGACUGGAGGUUGCGAAGAAGCUCAACGUCCCGGGUCCCAAAUCAAUCGAGGUCAAGGAUCGCAAGGACUUUGUCGAGAAACUGCGACAGGCCGUCUACACCUCUUUCCUCACGUCAUUCUGUCAGGGGCUGGAGUUGAUCGCGCGCGCGUCAAAAGAGGAGGGGUGGAACGUGGAUCUCAGCAAGUGCAUCCAGAUCUGGCGCGGAGGCUGCAUCAUCCAGUCCGAAGCCAUCGCGGAUCUCCUGCAGCCGGCCAUGCGGGUGGACCUGACCAACCUGAAGACCGUGGACGUGGUUGCGCGGGAACUGCACCGCAACUUUGCCGCACUGAAGGAGAUCGUGCUGGCGACGACGGUGGCCGACCAGUACAUCCCGGCGCUGUCGGCAACAUUGGAAUACCUGAAGUACGUGGGGGGGAUGAAGCUGCCGACCCAGUUCAUGGAGGCGCAGAUGGACCUCUUUGGGGCGCAUGGAUACUAUAAACCGGGGGUUCCUGGCGAGGAUCCAGGGCCGGUCAAGAAGGGGCCGCACCACUAUGACCCCGCCCCCGUCCGCAUCGCCGUCAUCGGCGGCACCGGCCUGCGUGAGCUGCCCGGCUUCCACCAGGUGGCGUCCCUGAACGUGUCGACCCCCUGGGGCGCGCCCUCGUCCCCGAUCACCAUCCUGCACCACCAGUGCUCGCACAACAACCAGACCGUGGCCAUCGCGUUCCUCAGCCGGCACGGCCAGCACCACCAGAUCGCCCCGCACGAGGUGCCCGCCCGCGCCAACAUCGCAGCCCUUCGCUCCAUCGGCGUCCGCACCAUCAUCGCCUUCUCCGCCGUCGGCAGUCUGCAGGAGGAGAUCAAGCCCCGCGACUUCGUCAUCCCGGACCAGGUCAUCGACCGCACCAAGGGCAUCCGUCCCUUCACCUUCUUCGAGGGCGGCGUGGUCGCUCACGUCCCCUUCGGCGAUCCGUUCGACGAGGGCGUCGCUAAGGUCGUGCGCGCCUGCGGUCACAGUCUGGAGGGUGACGGCGUGGUGCUGCACGACCGCGGUACUCUGGUCUGCAUGGAGGGCCCCCAAUUCUCCACCCGCGCCGAGAGCAAGCUCUACCGCUCGUGGGGCGGCAGCGUCAUCAACAUGUCGUGUCUCCCCGAGGCCAAGCUGGCGCGCGAGGCCGAGAUCGCCUACCAGAUGAUCUGCAUGUCGACCGACUACGACUGCUGGCACGAGUCGACCGCCGACGUGACCGUCGAGAUGGUCAUGGGCAACAUGAAGGCCAACGCCGUCAACGCCAAGCGCUUCGUCACCGCCGUGCUGGAUGCCCUGGCCGCGGAUGAGAACUCCGCUCUCGUCCAGGCCAAGCACAUCGAGGGUUCCGUCAAGUUUGGCCUCAGCACUGCCCAGCCCAACUGGAGUCCCGAGGCGCGGGAGAGGAUGGAGUGGUUGUUCCCGGGGUACUUCAACUAG